UCGUGGACCUGCUCCGGCUCCCAUUUACAGCGCAGCGCAGCACAGCUGUUUGUGUACGUGCUGUUAUGACAGUUUCCCAUUGAAGCCCAGACGAAGGUGCUGACACCAUGGGGCUUAUCACUGCCAGUGUCAGCAGCUUUCGGAACCGGGUACGAUCGGUUCGGACGUGGGGUCGAGACUUCACGUCCAUUUCAGCAACUUUUCGCGAUGGCAGAGUUUUCGAGCUGAAGACAUCACUGCUCCAAAGGAAAUGUGCAGCACUUCACCAAAACAGAUUCCCGUUUGUUCGUUCACUCAACUCUGGCAAACCACCAAGAGGGUUUGAAAAGUUCUUCCCAAAGAGCGAUGGGGCCACUGACGCCAACAAAUCAGUUGGCGAUAUAAAAAUCAAGGAGCAAGAACCUUUUAGAAAGCAGCAAGGGCAUAUGAAAAACAAGGGCAGUGAAGGACAAAGAGGUGGAAAAGAGGACAAAGAAUCAUACUGGUGGUCACGUUUUCAGGAUCAUUUUCCAUUGGAUGAAAAAGCUCUACGGAACCUCGCAAUUGGUGCAGCUGGCAUGGCUUCGGCAUUUUUCUACUUUUACUUCAGGGAGACUGGCAUCCAGAUCUCCUGGAAGGACUUUGUGCAUCACUACCUGAGUAGAGGCGUAGUUGAUCACCUGGAAGUCGUCAAUAAACAAUAUGUCAAAGUGAUUCCCGCCCGUGGCGUUAACACAUCAGAUGUGAGUUAUUUGUGGUUCAAUAUUGGCAGCGUGGAGUCAUUUGAGCAUAAGUUGGAAGCGGCUCACCGGGAACUGAGUUUGGACUCCACUUGCAAAGUACCUGUCGUCUACACCAGUGAGAGUGACGGGACGCUCUUGUAUCGUGUUCUCCCGACCUUCCUUCUGGUCAGCUUCUUGCUGCUGGCGGGACCCCGCAGGAGGAGAGGACGAGCACACCCCUUCAGUAUUGGCCAAUCCAAAGCCAAGCUCAUCAAAGACGAUGUCGGUGUUCGCUUCAAGGAUGUUGCAGGCUGUGAGGAAGCUAAACUGGAGAUUUUGGAGUUUGUCAACUUCCUGAAGAACCCUCAGCAAUACAAGGAACUCGGAGCCAAGAUCCCUAAAGGUGCAUUAUUGUCGGGUCCACCUGGAACAGGGAAGACCUUGCUUGCUAAGGCCACCGCGGGAGAAGCCCAGGUUCCUUUCAUCACUGUCAGUGGCUCAGAGUUCCAGGAAAUAUUUGUUGGCGUGGGUGCUGCAAGGAUCCGAGACACGUUUGCCAUGGCACGAAAAAAUGCCCCAUGCAUUCUCUUCAUUGAUGAAAUUGAUGCAGUGGGCAAAAAGCGGGGCGGAGGAAACUUUGGGGACCAGAGUGAACAAGAAAACACACUCAAUCAGUUACUGGUUGAAAUGCAUGGGUUCAAGAGCAGCACCAAUGUGGUCGUUUUGGCCGGGACCAAUCGAGCUGAGGUCCUGGAUCCAGCUCUGAUGAGGCCAGGGCGCUUUGAUCGCCACAUAUACAUUGGCCCGCCAGAUAUUAAAGGCAGAGCUUCCAUCUUUAAGGUGCAUCUGAGACCUUUAAAGUUGGACCCAAGGAUACAAGUUGAGGCUUUCGCUCGAAAGUUAGCCGCACUAACUCCAGGUUUUACUGGGGCUGACAUCGCCAAUGUUUGUAACGAGGCUGCUUUGAUAGCAGCACGCCAUCUAAACCAGCAUAUCAGCACUAAGCACUUUGAGCAGGCGGUCGAGAGGGUCGUUGGAGGUCUGGAGAAAAAGUCUCAGGUACUGCAGCUUCCAGAGCGGACCACUGUGGCAUAUCACGAGGCCGGGCAUGCUGUUGCUGGCUGGUUUCUAGAACACGCUGACCCACUAUUGAAGGUAUCUAUUGUUCCCAGAGGAAAGGGGCUGGGUUACGCUCAGUAUCUGCCCAAGGAGCAGCACCUGUUCACACAAGAGCAGCUCUUUGACCGAAUGUGCAUGAUGCUUGGCGGUCGAGUGGCUGAACAAGUUUUCUUUCGUCGGAUCACCACGGGGGCGCACGAUGACCUUCGGAAGGUCACGCAGUCAGCUUACGCGCAGGUUGUACAGUUUGGAAUGAGUGAAGCGGUGGGACAGGUGUCUUUUGAGCUCCCUCAGCGGGGUCUUAAGGUGACCGAGAAGCCUUUCAGCGAGCCUACAGCCCAACUCAUCGACCGGGAGGUCCGUCUGCUCAUUGACUCCGCCUACCAGCGAACGCUCCAGCUCGUCAUGGACAAAAAAGCAAUGGUGGAAAAGGUGGCAAAACGUCUCCUCGAGAGAGAGAUUCUAGAGAAGUCUGACAUGGUGGAGUUACUGGGGCCGCGUCCUUUUCGAGAGAAAUCCACAUAUGAGGAGUUUGUGGAAGAACUCGGGGGGGCCUGUAGGAGAACACCUCCCGACCUGAGGCCUGAAGAACUGGAACUGUGACAAAAAACACUUGCAGAAGGAGCAAAACAAAAUCCGCUGUUUAUUCGAACCAGCAUCAAGACAAACAACCAUUUGAGUUCAGGUGAACUCUCUUGGCAAGGAAAAAUGGUGAUCAAUGUUUUAUUGAUGUCACUGAAAUCCAAGCUGGAAUUUGAAGAAUGCCAUUUGUAGCCUUGUGACUUUUUUUUCCCUCUUUUUUAACCAAGUGCAGGAAAUAAGCUAUAACGUCAUGUCAUUUUAUGGCAUCAUUUUAUAAAAUAUAUUAUUCCAAAAUCCACAUUGCCUUAAAGUACACGCACACAAUUUCAUAGCCUGAGCAGGAUUGUUACACGAUCUAAUUCAGAUAUUGGUGAUGCAGUGUAAUGCCAACUGAAUUAUCUUUCUAUUACGUAAUAUCUUCCAAUCAGGCUUCACCUUUCUUUUCUUUUUUCUUUUUUCUUUUCUCCAAUGGCGUACCUGUAGCAUAUCAUCAUUUCUACAUUUAGGGCCUAAUUUGCUAAAGAUCCUAAAUACAGCGUGCUAAAUUGAGUGUUUGCACCAACAGAUUACAUGUGCUGCAUGUGUGUUUAUGAAGAAUCUUUUACGAAGAUUCCAAAUAGCAGGCAUUAAAUUGCGUGUUCAUGCGCUACUGUACAACAGAUUACGCGCUAUUGACAGCAGAUUUAAAAGUCAGUGAGACAGCCAUAUUCAAAAGAGGAUUUUGCACUUCAGGUAGCUCUGAUGGUUUUUACUACACUACAUGGAAAAUUUGAAAGUGCAAUGCAAGCACAAAAUGGAAAUAUCCACCUAUAACGACAAAUGCAUUCCAGAAUCAUCAGAAUUUUACUGUAAUCUGGUGAUGAUAGAUUACAUUUUUUUCAAAAAGAGGAUUUCUGUUGUGUUAAAUAAAUUGAGUUUCCACACAAAGUGAACUGCAUCGCAGCUGUGCUCUAUUUAAAAAAAAAAAAAUCAAGGAUUUCAGAAGUUUUUAUAUGUUUGACCUAGUUUACUGCAUCCAUUGCAUUUUCGGGUUGAGUAAAAGCUUUUUAGGGUUUAUUUGAAGAACAUUACUCCUUACGUGUCUGUGGCGUAUGUUAGCAUGUACAGGAUGUAUACAGGUAUGCAUUAGGAUGUCAUGAAGGCAAAUGAAAUAAUGAACCUGCGAAGGAUUAAUAUACAUGUAAAUUGUGGUAAGAAAUAUUUCACGGGGAGUUUAUCUUGAGAAUUUGAAAAAUUUUCGAAGUUGGUCACUUGCUGAUUUACAGUAAGUGAUUUCUUUGAAGAACACAAAACAUGAUAGUUGAACGGAAUAAAUAUAUUUGCUAUUAGAGACACCGAUGUUGUCCUGGGUCACUCACCAAAAAAGCAGCAUAAAUUCACUGAUGAAUUCUGAUGGAACGGGAUCCAACUCACUUUGUAACUUUGUAGUAUUUGCAAAAGUAAUUGUAAAAGUUUCACACAAUUACUUUCUCAUCCUUAAGCAAAUGACGCGGAUUCACACUCAUCAGACGCUUGAUUGGGCACCUCUUCUCAAUCUAAUGAACACUUUGUUGCCGCGCAGUCUUAAUUACACUAGCUAAAAGUUCAUUUCGAACUAAUGGUGUUGUCAUCUCAAUCCAGUCGUUGAGGAGAAGACCUCAGCAAGGGGGUCAAAAGAAACAAGUUGUAUUUUGGAUCCGGAAUAAAGUCAGGAAUGUGUAAUUGAGACAUCGUGUGUGGUACUGAUAGACGUAACGUCCUUGAUUGAAUAAGGGAAAUAUUGAUGGUCAAAUAAACAAUGUUAUUCUUGAAAAUAUUUUCAGUUACAUACUAAUCUCUCUCGAUCUCAAUUUUUGUUUGGAUACCAGUGUAAUGCUUCGUAAAGGAGUGACCACAGCAACUGCAUCCAAGUCGAAAACUCCAUUUGGCCUCAGUUCUUUCAAGACUUGAUCAGUUCCACAUCAUGACAAAAUUCUCAAAGACUCUAUUAAGAAAAUUUAGACUUCUUUCAGAAGACAUACAUGUUGAGGUAAUUGCUGAAAAUAUGUCGUACCCAAAUGUGGGGAUAGAGUAUUUGUGUUUUCACCAUUUCUGUUUUCCUGAUUUGGGCUAAUACGGUACCCAGGAUCACAUUUGGACAUUUUGCUCUCAUUCACAAACUGCAUCACGGAUUAAAAUUUGCUGUUGACCAGUGAUAUUAUUAGUAGUCUGCCACGACAGCAUGCAUUUUAGCGAGCUAGCUAUGCCCACAAUCUGAAAUACAUCUCCGAAAUGCCACAGUUUAUAAAACAGCUGAAGGCCAUUGUUUAAAUUCAGGAGGAGAUUCCGCGGAUGAGCCUGGCUGAAAAGAGCCCUGGAAGCCUUUUAGCUCGCAAGCUAGCUGGUGGCUAGUACCUCUUGUCGAAGCCUUGUGACGAUCUGGUCGGAUUUAUUCCAACUACCAGGGCUUUCAAGCAGAUAUUUGCGCUGCUCAAACACAUAACGAGGCAUAGGCACAAGAAUGAUCAAGUAACAGACAUUUGAUUCAGUUGAAUGUGGUUUCACGUAUUCAUUGGACACGGUCACAGCAUUUUGAAGCCUCAUUUGAUAUUUUGGUAUUUCUUAAAAUAAUUUGAGUUCAGCAGACUUUUGAACAAUGCUCUAUCCUGUGAGGUGUCAAAUUUAGAAGAUGAAGACUUAUUUCCACAUUAUCUGGACAUUAAUGAUCUUGUUGUCAUCUGUUAGUCAUAGUAGAUACUUUGUCUCAUCGUACCAAAACAAUGAUAGGUCAGAGUUUGGAAAUAAAAAGGAACAAAUUAAAAAGGAAAAACCAAGCACAGUUUUCAAGCUGUUUAAUUUAUCCUCCCACAGUCACAUCACGAUUGAUGAUCAUUGCUCCAGGUAUAGAGAAGCUAAAUUGAUUAAAAACAUGGAUGUCACUUCUGCUUGUUGUUGCGUGAAACAGGUGUUGGCACUUUACUGUGUAUGGCAUUCAUGCAAAUUCACGUUAGCUCAACAUUUUCCUUCCUCCAUUGUUU